UCUUAUGGUGCGACCAUGACGAGGACAACACUGACUAAAAUCCUCAUCCUCGUGAUCCUCGCCUUCAUCAUCUGCCUCCCAGAAUUCUUCUCGUUACACAGAGAAUCAAAAGUUACCUUCCUCUGCCUGCCCUACCGACACUGUGAGCGAGGGAAUCAGAGGAAGAAGGGGGAGAAUGGGAAGAUGGAAGAGGCUGAAAAAAACAAGAGCAGGGGAAUGUGUGACCCUUCUCAGAAUGUAGAGGUGGAAAAUUGGGAGCAGCCCUGCAAACACGAGAAACCCAGCAAUAUGACAGAUCCUGGACCGGACUCCGGGAGAGGCAGCUGGGAUUCAGAGAACAGCUGGUUCAUGUGUCGGACCGACUUGGACAUGGCAGAGUUACGCAGCAACAUCUCAUCCUCAGCUGUGCAACUGAAAGUUUCAGUGGAGCUUCAGCUGGGCGAAGCAGAGACCCUGAAUCUCACCUUGUAUGGCCACAACAACCACAGCCACUUGGACCUCCAGCCACCUGAGGAGCAGGAGGAGGAGACGGAUGGGGAGAAGGGGGAUAAAGGACAGGGGGCAUUUUACUGCUGUCUCCCUGGUGUCCUGCCCGAAGCGGGGUCAACCAAUCAAACCCGCUGUCUCCUUUGGCUCGCCAAUCAAACCGUUUCGACUGCAACAGCUGAGGGACGGCUGCCAUGGAAACGGACAGGGAAAGCGGAAUGGCGGUGUAUGUUCAGGGUGCUCUGCUUGGCUCUUCUGUGUGUCCUGCUCCUGACUAUAGUUACAUCUGUGCUUGGAGAGCUCUACCGGAGGAAACGCUCACGCAGAAAGCCCACAGUGCAUCCGGUUUACGACUUCACUGGUCAGCAGUUCGACGAUGGAGAUGAUCACACAGAAAACGUACCUCCUGCAGUCCUUCACUUCAGUGGCUCGCGGCGUCGGUCAGAGCUGUCACCCAUAAAAGAAGCCCAGUCUCAAGAAGACAUAGAAACUCUGCUGGAUGGAAAUGUGAACAGCUGCUAUACUGCAAAUCUGCAUCAUCGUGUUCAUCCAUCCAUCUCCUCCACCACAGAGGGGCAACAGCAGGAGAGGAGCAUUGAAACUGACUUCAAGUGAUAAAUGAACCAUUGUGGUCGAAAAUAAAAACAUCUGAAACAUCUGAA